AUGCCGGCCUCGUCUGACCCUCUGCCCGAGGGUCACUUUGGCAGAGGUCAGACGAGCAAUGGAGUGGGCAAAGCGAGCUGUUCCGAUCUCUUCGCGACACACUCGUCCUCUCCAAUCGGGGCGCCAGGACAGGCUGGCCCAUGCCAACACUCACGCCGCCUCGCAACUCAGGCCCGGCAACAAGAGCCUGCCCGGCAGAAGAGCAAAGCUGAGACCAGGCCCGGAUUGCUGGAGGAGGUUGGAAGUCAUCGGCACAGAAAUACGUGCAAAAUGCCAGAAAACCAACAGACCUCCGAGGCCACCUCUUCGCCCUACCAACACGUCUUUAAUCGAUAA